ACAUGCGCCGAAUCAAAUCUGAGUUUUAGUCGACUAAAAUAGUUUUAUGCGUAGUUUGAUUCAGACGUCGAAUUUAAUAGUCGCAUUUAUUAUAGUUAUGCUUCCACUUUUUCAUGUUUAUUCAUUUUCUUGUACUAAUUUCCUAAAAUGGCGGACAGGAAAAUGUUGAGUUUGUGCAUUUCAAAUAUGAUUCGUGUUAAUAGGAGAAGGCGAAUAUUGAUGCAUGUUGCAGCAAAUAAAGUAUUAGAAAGGAGACGGCGGCUUCUGCAAAUUUUCCAUAUUUUGCUACUGUUAAUUGGUCAAAAAUAUGCCUUCAUACGUAGCCCUCUUUAUCGAUCUUGUCGAAGACAUGAUAGAAAUUCCGGCUGGUGGAAGAAAGUUUGGAGUGUUUAUUCUGAUUUUCGUUUCAAAAAAACAUUUCGUGUAUCUCGAGGAACCUUUCUUUUUAUUUUAAGUCGUAUUCGACCUAUACUUCAAAAGCAAACUGUCACAGAGGAACCCAUUUCUCCGGAGGAGAGACUUGGUAUAUGCCUUUACAGAUUGGGACGAGGAGAUUACUUUUACACCAUCGCUGAGAUGUCAGGAAGAGGAGUAUCAACGGUGAGCACCAUUGUGCAGCAGGUAUGUCAACUUCUCGUUGAAUACUUAUGGCAUGAAACAGUUUCAAAAAACAUGCCGAAAUGUCAGACUGAUUUCGAGAAAAAAAUCGUGGACAUGGAAGAAUUAUGGCAAUUUCCCUGUAGCUGGGCUGCUUUGGAUGGUUGUCAUGUUCCUAUGAAAUGCCCCCCCGGUGGUCUUCAAGCGUGCAAAGAAUAUCAUAACUACAAGAAUUUUUAUUCCAUUGUUUUAAUGGCCUUGGUUGAUUCUAACUACCAAUUUGUGUGGGGUAGCUGCGGUUUUCCUGGGAAUUCCCAUGAUGCUAUCAUCUUCCAGUCUACAAACUUGUGGAAUUCAAUUCAAGAAGGCAUGAUACCAAGCAUGCACAAACAUGUUGACAAAGUUGAAAUACCACCAUUAAUAUUGGCUGACUCAGCCUUUCCACUUCGUAACUGGUUAAUGAAACCGUACUCAAAUGCUGUACUUAGUCCCAUACAAAAAUACUUCAACUACAGACUAAGUAGAGCACGAAUGGUAACUGAAUGUGCUUUUGGGCAACUGAAAGGGCGAUGGCGAGUGCUCUUAAGGAAAAAUGAAGGCAACAUGGACCAUGUUCGCAUUUCGGUUCUUGCAUGCAUGGUUCUUCACAAUAUUUGUAUCAUGCGAGGAGAUACAAUUUCUAAAAAGCUGGACCUGACAUUUAACCCUGACAACAACGAGAGAAGAGACAGAGAAGAAGUACGAAAACUGUUGCAAAUGAGAAAAUGUCAAAAAACCCCAGAUGUUUCAAAAGAAGCGAAAAAAAUUAGAAAUGCACUAUCUGGUAAAUUGUGGACAGAAAAGGAAACUGGGAAAGUUUGUUGACUUAAUACUGAAGCAGUAUGUUUCAUGAGUGGAAAACUUUCACAAAUUGGUUAACUUUAUUACCUUAUUAAAGUGUUUUGUAUGCUUGUAUGUUAUAUAUUAUUUGAUGUUAAUGUUAGUUAAUGAGAUGACACAAUUAGUGUCCUGUUGGAU